CAGUCACACUCUGCUGUGAGUGUGGACGCCGCGGAAAAUAAAUAGAAAUAAUAUUUUUCUGAAUUCAGAAAAGUGUUCGCCGCUCGUCGUCGUUCGCGUGUGUUGGUGUGUACCAUUUUGUUCGGGGCGAGAGUAAAACGCUUCGUUUCUAUACUUAUACAAUAAAUUCGUAAAAAUAAAGGCAACAAAGUGCAAACGCGAGUGCGAGUGCAUACAGUUUGAUAACUACAAAAUAUAUAUUAGAAUAAGCGAAAUAAUUACCGCUUAAAACAACGAAAAAAUAUACAUAGUUUAUAAAUAAUAAAGUUAAUUAUAGUGUCUAAUAAGUGAACUGGCGGUUUCAGCAAAACAACACUACACUCCUUCCCCCACACAACCCCCUCUAAUUUUGCAUGUGGCAUGUUUUUACAACUUGCGUGCCGCCAAAAAUAAAAAGUGUAUUAAGCGGAAUCCACAAAUUACAACGAAUGGAAUAGGAUCCAACAACUUUUAAAAGAUUGAACGAAGAGUUUGAGAGGCGUCGGCCAACAGUCGAAGAAGCAGCCAUAAGAAAAUAUAAAAAAAAAACAGCAGCAGCAAUAGGAAGAAGUGAGAAGGUAGGCCAAAGGCAGAUAAGCAGCAGCCACAGCCAAAGCAGAGGAAUAGCAUUUCGGAGCCGGCAAAGAAGCAGCAGCGAAAAGGGAGGUUGAGAACAGAGCUGUGCAGAGGAGCAGCAGCUGAGCCGCCGGCAGAGAAAUAACAGCAAAAAAGGGACAGAAGUAGCAGCAGCCGACAGAGCGCUGACUGCGCAAAAAAUACUCGAAAAUAAUACAUUUUGUACAUACACAAAAAACAAAAGUUUACCAAAACUAAAGACGAAGGCGCUUUUGCAACAUGCCUAACAACGAUAAAUGUCAAACCAUGCGUGCUCUGGAACGCAGUGGAAUAAAAUCAAGGAACAGUUGGAAUGCCAGCAGCGAUUUGUAAAUGCGAAUAAGGUGGAGGAAUUUCCCCAAGAAAACCUAUAGAUGAAAAUGUUGCUGAACAUUGAGGAAAAUGCAUCGUUUUCUUAGCAUUCAGCAAAAUAUUAAAUUACGCAACUAUCAUCAGUUACUUUUGUAUUUUGGGGCAUUACCAACACUGGCUGCCACUGCUGCUGGAGGAGGAGGAACGAAGAAGAGAACGGGAAGAGGAAGUCGAAGAGGAAGGAUAGCAGAAGGAGCAAGAAGAGUUGGAAGGAAACAGCAGCAGGAGAAGCAGCAUCUUAAAAGAACAUACAUAACGUAACAAUAAACGUAACGCAACGUAACGUUACGUGACGAGAAAUAUAAAGGAGAGAAGAGUAUAAAUAAUAACUAUUAUUAGCCCAAUAUAUACAUUAAUAAACCCAACGCUGCCACUGUUCCUAAGACAAACAAAAAAACCAACCACUAAAAACCAGAAGAAACAUAAACCAUAAAACGUAGCCGUAGUCCUUAAACGUAACCCAUAAACGUAAACGUAAAAGUAAACGCAAACGUCUCCACAUACGACACUCGACACCAGAAUCCUAUCUAAAUCCUACGCCAAUUUUUUGAUCAUCAUCAAAAAUCAUUAACCAUCAAGAAUACAACACUGACUAGUGUUUACCAACACUACCGCCCACCACACCUGCGAUCAUCAAACCUCCCUUGCCACAAAACGGCUGUGGCAAACAAGGGAGGCGACGCAAACGAAGAAUAUGGCAACACCGCAAGUCAAGGACUUGGUGUUGCGUUCGCCCUCUGGCUCCUCGGAAACGAUUGCCUAUGCCUGGCCCUUGCAGAUUGGUCAUGGACAGGAUAAGCAUGACAAUGGCAUCGAUAUCAUUGAUACCAUUAAGUUCGUUUGCGAUGAUCUGCCAUCGAUACAAUCGGCCUUCGAGGAGAUCAAUCUCAAUCAAAUUGACACUGCCUGCUAUAAGACUAUGACAAAUCUUGUCGAUCGCUUUAACAAGGCUGUCGACAGUAUUGUUGCAUUGGAAAAAGGAACGUCACUGCCCGCCGAGCGAUUGAAUAAGUUCGCUCACCCUAGCCUUCUAAGACACAUUUUGCAAUUAGUUUAUAAUGCUGCCGUUCUCGAUCCGGAUAAACUCAAUCAGUACGAGCCCUUCUCCCCGGAGGUCUAUGGCGAGACAUCAUACGAGCUGGUACAACAGAUGCUCAAGCAUGUCACCGUCGGCAGGGAGGAUACGUUCAUUGAUCUCGGUUCCGGUGUGGGACAAGUCGUACUCCAAAUGGCCGGAUCCUUCCCACUGAAGACAUGCAUUGGCAUCGAAAAGGCUGAUACACCCGCACGCUAUGCCGAGCGAAUGGAUUUGUUCUUUCGCCAGCAUAUGGGUUGGUUUGGCAAACGCUAUUGCGAGUACAAGCUGAUCAAGGGGGAUUUCCUGGUGGAUGAACAUCGCGAGAAUAUCACCUCUUCGACGCUGGUUUUUGUGAAUAAUUUUGCCUUUGGCCCGACGGUCGAUCACCAGCUGAAGGAGCGCUUUGCGGAUCUGCGCGAUGGUGCCAGGGUUGUGUCCUCCAAAUCGUUCUGUCCUUUGAAUUUUCGGAUCACCGAUAGAAACCUUUCGGAUAUUGGCACCAUAAUGCAUGUGAGCGAAAUACCGCCACUGAAGGGUUCUGUUUCAUGGACCUGCAAGCCCGUUUCGUAUUAUUUGCAUGUGAUUGAUCGCACCAUAUUGGAGCGAUACUUUCAGCGUCUGAAAACCAAAGGAGGCAAUGAUCAUCACGAGCAUGUUGGUACCGUUCGCACCACACGUGAUCGAGCCAAGCGUGAGGCAAACAUUGGACAGCAGCACAACAAUCAUCAUCAUCAUAAUAAUAAUCACAACAACAACCAAAACAACAACAACAAUCAACAGCGGGAAAGAGAGCAAUCGAGCGGACCGACCGGAGCGACCAACAAUCAGCGCCAUCAAUCGCAGUCCCCAGCGAAUGUUAGCGGCGGCGGAGUAGGAGGAGGAGCAGCUGCCACCGCAGCUGCUUCCAAGACACGCCAGCAGUUGCAGCAGCAACAACAGCAGCAGCAACAGCAGCAGAGGAGUCUCGACAUGGAGAGCAGCACGGAAAGCGAUGGCGAGGCAACGAAUGGAAAUGGUGGCAACACCACCACUGCCACAACGGCCACGUCCGUCUCGAAUGGUGGCGGCGGUGGCAGUAGUGGACCCAUGACUCGACGCCCGUGGUAUGACUUUUCCAGCUCGAAAGGAAAGAGCUCGCAGUCGGAUGAUGAGGAGAACAACAACAGCAACAGCAAUGGGGGCAACACAAGUGUCACGGGCGUGCGUCAGGCGCGUGCUGCAACGCAGAAAAAGCGGAAAAAGCUUACCCGAAAGGCUGCCAUUGCCAGCAAGUCCGCUGCGGCGGCCCAGAGGGAAGCGGAGGCAGCAGCUGCUGCGGCUUUGGCCAGCAAGGAGUCGUCCUCCAAGGAGGAUGCGCCGCGGGCCGCCAGCGCAGGGCCCGGACGCAAGGGACGCAUGAAGAAGGGAGCCGGUGGCAGAGGCAGGAAGUCCCUCAAGAUCGUGGGCUUGGAUGCACUCCACAAUCAGACGGUUCUCAGCACGACACAGGACACGGCGGCCAAGAAGUUGCCAGCCGCGCCGGGCACCGUCGAUCAGCAGUUGACAUCGCUGCUGACAGAGACAAUGUCCCAUCGAGAGCUGGACAUACCAGCGGCACCGCAGGACACGCCCUACGGCCUGCAGAUCCUGCUCGAGUGCCUGCGUUCGCAGUACAUGUCCUUCAUGGAUGUGAUGAAAUCGAGCGCCUAUCUGCCGCAGAUCCAAAAGAACAUUGCUCAGGAGCAGGAGCGCAUGUCGCGGCUGAAGAACCGAGCGAGUCAGCUGGAUAAACAGAUCAAAGUCCUGAUUGAUGACAGUGUGGCGCUGCUCAAAGUGCGAAUGAAUGAGCUGGGCAUCAAUGUGAACUCGCCCAAUGAUUUGAUUGCCCAAGCCAAGGAGAUUGUGGGCAGGCACAAGGAUCUGCAGCACACGGUCAGCAAAAUGCGCAACGAAGUCACCUUUUACGAGGGCGAACAGAAGAUGUUGCUAAGCAAACAGCUGAAAAACCUGCCGGAGUAUCAGAAACUGUGCGGCAAUGGGCCCAUCAAUGGAAAAGUGAAGCUGGAACUGCCAUCGGAGUUCUCGGAGACGACAGCGCAUGAGUUGGUGCUCAAGGAAAUCGCAAAUACCUUAAGCCAAAGGAAGAAACUGUAUGCUCAAGUGUCCACCAUUGAGCAGGAGACGACCGUGCUGCAGAAGAGCGCCGAGGACAGGAGCACAGCGGCCUCACUGCUGGCCCAAGGCACCAAUAUUAGUUUGGCCACCAGCAGCAGUAGCAACAGCAGCAGCAAUGGCAGUUCCGCUGUUUCAGCGUCUUCAACCGCCUCAAAUUCUGCAUUGAAUCCAACCCCACCCAAAGCCAACAGCGCGAAGAGCUCCCGACGCAGUCGCGAGCAUCGCGUGCGGUCGCAGGAGUGGCCCGAGGUGCCCGAAGUGGGGAAGAUUCAGGAGGAAAAUCCCGAAGUUUUGGCUCUGAAAAUUGUGGAAACUUGCCGGCAGAUAGAGGCAGGAACGUUCCAAGCAAAGACUAGCGUGCCGCCGUAUCAAUUGAAUGGCAAAAACAAGGAGCCGCACAUGCCGCAAAUGCCAGUUGGUGCCGCUUCGGCGAGCAAUAAAUCCGCACCAGGAGGAGCAGCAGGUGGACAUCAUUACAAGGAUAGCACUUUGAUGCCAGCACCAAAGCAACAGCAACAGCAGCAGCAACAACAGCAAUUGCAAGUGCAGCAGUUACAGGGGGCACCUUCGAUGCUACCCAAAUGCGAACUUCCUGGCAUGGGAAUGGGAAUGGGUUUGGGCUUGGGCAUGGGCGGACUCUCUUCCGCUGCCAUUUCUGCGGCAUGCCGCAAGCAGGAGUCCCCGAAGGUGGCUAACUUUGAGGAUCGUUUGAAGAGCAUCAUUACGACAGCGCUGAAUGAGGAUCAAGAGCAAAGAAGCAAGGCCAUACCAGCCGAAAUGCCGUCACAGCCAUCUCCAUCGCCGCUGCAGAGUCCCGUAUCGAAGCGAAGCAAGCAGCAUCACCAGCAGCAACAGCAGCAGCAGCAGCUGCCGCCUUCGAAUCUACACAACGUUAUUACGGUGUCCACCCAGGGAUUGAUGCAUCUGAAUGCAAAUACAACCAUUUCCCCCAUCACGCCACCACUGCCGGGACCCGGAGCGGGGGCGACGGCCUCGACGGCACCACCACCGCCGCCAAAUCUGCCCUACGGUGCAUAUGGUGGCAAGAGCACGCCCUCGGGCAAAUAUCAGGCAUCAAAGGAGCAGUUCAACAAGUACAGCCCUGCCAGGCAGCAUACACCAUCCUCGGGUGCCGCCUCAGUGCCGCCGCCGCCACCGCCACAGGUGCCGGUCUCCUCCCACAUGGCAGCGCUGUAUGCGGCAGGACAGCCUACGGCACCGACUCCGGCGGAUUUGGGCUACCAGCGACGACGCAGUUCUAUGAGUGCCAGCAGCUAUGAGCAUUUCAUAGUGCAACAGCAGCAGCAACAACAGCAGCAUGCUUUGAUGCUGGCCGCUGCCGCACAUGUGGCACAGCGACAGAGAGUUGAGGAGCAUCAUCAGCAACAGCAACAGCAGCAGCAGCAGCAACAUCGAUUGCAGCAGCAACACCAACAGCAACAGCAGCAUCUGCAUCUUCAUCACCAUCACCAUCAACAUCAUCCGCAUUCGCAUCCGCAAGAGUUCAAGGCCCCACCAUCCGACAAUCUGCUGCAGCGUUCGAGCAGUCGCGAUCAGUUGGUGGAACCGCCGCCACAGCAGCAGCACAUGGAGUUGCUGCCAAGAGCAAGUUCGGCCAACUCGGACUAUGGGGCAUACCGUGUGCGGCCACCCAGCCGACCGAGCUCGAACUCCUCGCAGCCGGACUACACGCAAGUGUCGCCAGCCAAGAUGGCGCUGCGUCGCCAUUUGUCGCAGGAGAAACUGAAUCAGCAUGUGACGCCACAGCCCACACCGCCACCGCAGGGUCCGUUGCCACAGCCGCCACCCACGGGCAAGACCAUUGGGGAUCUGGUGAAUGGAGAGAUUGAACGCACGCUGGAAAUCUCCCAUCAGACGAUAAUCAAUGCAGCUGUCAACAUGAGCACCAGUGGAACACAAUUUAUGGAUAGAGCCUUUAACGAGCGGGCUACGUCCAAUGAACGGCUGCUCAUCAAUCUGAACGCCCAGCGGCCAGAGCGAGUGCAUGUGAGGCCACUGUCGGAGGAAUCCCAAGAGGCGCAUCCCACAAAUUAUGUGUCCAGCGGUGGGGCAGCAGCAGCACAAGCAGCAGCUGCUGGACAGGGCAGCAACAACAGCAAUCUGGCGACCCUCGCACAUGUGGCUUAUGUUCAGAAGAGCGCACCGCAAAGUGGCGGUCGAACGGCGGCACCAGCAACACCCACGCCUGCACGUUCUGGCAGGGACUCGUAUCAAACGGUGGCGCUGCCACGAGCGGAGAUGAAGGGCUGCAUUGAGGCGUACUUCCAUGAGGAGCAAAAGACAAAGAAUGUGGGCGGGGGAGGUGCAGGAGCAACAGCAGGAGGAGCGGCGGCAUUAAGAGGACCCCGCUUGAAUGGCGCCAAUCCUCCAUUGGAGGGUCUCGCUGCCUCGCUCCAGGAUCAUGUGCGUGCCAGGAAAUACAAAGAGGAAACAGAAGAGCGACAGCGACGUGCAGCAGCAGCUGCCUCAUCGUCAUCCUCCUCCUCCACAGCGACGCCAUCUGCAGUAGUUGCAGAUCUGCAGCAGCAUUAUGGACAGGCACCACCGGCCCAUAGCUAUCUACAUCAUCCGAUCCAUCAUGGAGCUGCGAAUUUGAAUGGCAGCAACAACAGCAGCAGCAGUACACCGCACAAACUGGAGCUUGGGGUCAAGCGAACGUCGCCUUUAGCACCGCAUCAACAGCCGCCUCGUCCCUCAAAGAUACCACACUAUGAGCAGCCGCCGCAUGUCCAUGCCCAUUCACAUUUGUAUGCCAAUGGCGGACAGGUGUUGCCACCGCCACCUUCACACGAUGCCACGACGCCCUCGCCAACGCCUUCAUCCUCGUCCUCGUCGUGUGGUCGACGCAGCAACAAUAACAAUGGGAAAAUGCAUGUGGAGCCACCGCUGUUGAUGAGUCCGGAGAUAAAUUCCCUGAUGGGCGAUGAACGGCCGCUGCAGCUGUCCACGAAUCCACAUCAUCUGAUGCAGCAGCAGCAGCACCACCACCAGCAGCAGCAGCAGCAUCACAUUCAUCAGCAGCAGCACCUGAGAGUCGCUGCACAUUUGGGGCACUCCCAUGGCCACGGUCAUGGCCACAACCCCAGCCACGGCCACAGUCAUAGUCACAGCCACAGCCACAGCACCACCCCCACAUUGGGGGUCAUGCAACGCAAUGCCAAUGCCAAUAAUGCCGCCGAUGAUGAUGAUGUCAUUGCCGCUGAUGAUGAGUCCCAUUGGCAGCAUCGCGUGAGCUCUGGUUUCGAUCGAUUGGUGGCGUUUGCCAGCACCGAAUUGGACAAGACACGGCGCAGCAUUGAUGGGGACACAGUGCCGGCUUCCAUCAGUUGCAACACAUCGCCGGAUUCGGGGAUCACGCACAGCAGCAGCAAUUCGGAUGCAGUGCGCACGUUUCUGUCUACGUCGUCCAGCUCCUCGCAGUUGGAGCUGCCGAUUGGUAGCGGUGGCAGCGGCAGCAGCAGCCAUAGUCUGUACGGCAGCAACCAGGUCCACAAUCUGAGCAAUCAUUUGCAGCAGCACAACUCCAGCGGUAGUGGCAGCAGCAGCAGUGGCGGCAGCAACAGCAGUGCCAACAACAUGGUACAUCAUCACCAACAACAACAGCAGCCGCUGCAACAGUUGCAGUCACAGCAGCACCAGCACCAGCACCAGCAGCAGCAACAUCAUCAAAUGACAGAUCAUCUGAGCGACAGCAGCAUGAAGUCCACGGCUGGUAGCUCCCUGAAGACCGUCUCUCCGGUGGAUCCCAGUGCCAUUGACUCGCCGCCAUUGUCGGAUGUUGGGUUGCCACGAACUCCGAGUCCGAGUGCCGCCAGUGUGGCGACCCCUCCGCUGGCAAAUGCUCCGUUGGGGCUGGGCAACGAGCUGGGAAUCCCACUGAAGUACCAGCGCAAGUCGAAGAGCGGUUCGGAGAAGCACUACAAGAAGAAGUUCUGCGAGCGGAAUUGGGAGUACGACUGCGACGAGCUGUUGGCCUACUCCAAUUCCAGUGCGCCGCCCACAGCAGCCGAUGCGGCUGGUAAUGGACCGCCUGCACUGCUGGAAACGCCGAGCGUAGUUGGAGGUGUUGUUGCCAACAUGAUGGGUGGUAAAUCGGGAAAAUCGCCAAAAGAAAAAUCAUCGCCUCAUCACAGUGCCAACCAUAAUGCGGGUUACCAUCACAAAUCAUCCAAGUUCCGGCCGAAGGGCAAGGACUGGGACUGGUCUCUGGACAGCCGCAGUCAGACCGGCGAUGGGCUGCUGCCACCCACAUGCCCCCCGAAUGGAGCGAACAACAAUAAUAAUAAUAACACCACCACAUCGAGUAAUUAAUUUAGUUAACUAAUUUAGUUCAAUUUACUGAAUGGAAAAAGGAAAUGAAAUCCAAAAAAUCAAUCCCCCCCAUGCGACACAAAAUGCUCUUUUUAGCCAGAUUAGCCAGAGUGGAACAUGUUGUAUGUAAUUUUAAAAAAUAAGAGUUUUUUAUAAUUUUAACGAAAUGAAUUGUGUUUUAUCCGCAUGGUUACCUUUUUGUAUAGACCCCCAACCCAACCUCACAUUUGUUUUUCAGUUCUGCCCAGCCCGGCCCUUUCUAUUAUAUAUAGUUAUUGUCCUGCCCAGCCCCCUACUGCUACUACUAUUACUACUACUACAACUAAAACUAGUGUGUUUUUAUUUCGAAAUUGCAAACAUUUUAAAUUAGGCUAGACGCGUUUUUUCGUAUUAGUUUUGUAAGAGAAGAGUUUGAGGAUGACAAUGAGCCCCCCGAGAAAGAGAACCCCACGCUUUGCUGAUUGAACAAUGUUACUGACUUUCUAUAUUACCGAUUACCAAUUAUUACUAUUAUGUAUUUAAUUAUUUGUCUCUUUUAUUGUUUAAUUACGUUUUUUGUCCCUAAGUUGAAAGUUUUUGCCUUUAUUAUUAAUUUUGAAAUAAAACAAAUUGUCAACUAAUUAAAGAACUUUGUGUUUCUUCUGUUCUUAUCGUAUCCUUUUAUGGUUUGUUAUUCAACCGAAAGAUGAAUUGGGACCAACCCUCCACAGAAAAUUCAAAUCCCUACCCCGUUUUGCCCCAAUUGAACGUUGCUUCCAACCAAAUCGAAAACGAAUAAAUAGAGAAAUAUGAUAUUAAAAGGGUAAAAAAUAAAAG